AUGGAUGAUCUUGGCAGCCAGGACCAUUCUCAAAAGCGUUACUUGGCUCAAAGAAGGACAGUGGAUGUUAGCUCGCCGUAUGAGAAGUUAUAUUACUACAGAAAACAUGGGUUGCCACUUCCGACUAUUCAACCCGAAACGACAUUCACGUCAGAUUUAAUGCCCCCAGCAGCAUAUCAUCACAAUGGUCGAGUGAUUAAUAUACCGAACAAGUUUACUCAUCUCAGUUCUAACAAGGUGAAACACGUAAUUCCGGCGUUAAAAUGGACGCCGGAGGGAAGACGACUGGUAGUUGCAACGUAUAGUGGUGAAUUUUCCCUAUGGAAUGGGUCUUCAUUCAACUUUGAAAGUAUCAUGCAGGCUCAUGACUCUGCAGUGACUACAAUGGAAUACUCACAUGCGGGCGACUGGUUGAUAAGCGGUGAUUCUGAUGGGACAAUCAAGAUCUGGCAGCCAAAUUUCAAUAUGGUGAAGGAGCUAGAUCAAGCACAUACCGAAUGUAUUAGAGAUAUAGCAUUUAGUAGUAAUGAUUCGAAAUUUGUUACAUGUUCCGAUGACAACAUCUUAAAAAUUUGGAAUUUUAGUAAUGGUCAAGAAGAAAGAGUGCUAUCGGGUCAUCAUUGGGAGGUAAAAAGCUGUGACUGGCAUCCUGAGAUGGGUCUCAUUGCCUCUGCUUCAAAGGAUAAUCUAGUUAAACUGUGGGAUCCGAGGUCUGGUCAGUGUAUAUCGACGUUGCUGAAUUUUAAACAUACAGUUUUGAAGACCAAGUUUCAACCUACCAGAGGCAAUCUGUUAGUCGCAAUAUCGAAAGACAAAUCAUGCAGAGUAUUUGAUAUAAGGCAUAGUCUGAGAGAAUUGAUGGUUGCUCGAGAUGACGUCGAUUAUAUGACAUUGCUUUGGCAUCCAAUUGAUGAGUCGAUGUUCACCGUUGCUAGCUAUGAUGGUUCGUUGAAAAAUUUUGAUCUGUCACAGAAUACUACAGGUCCAACGCAUACCAUCCCUUAUGCACACGAUAAAUGUAUCACAUCAUUAUCAUAUAAUCCGGUGGGGCAUAUCUUAGCAAGUGCUUCGAAGGAUAGAACCAUUAGAUUUUGGACAAGAGCGAGACCCUUUGAUCCUAAUGCCUUCGAUGAUCCUACUUACAAUAAUAAGAAAGUAAAUGCCUGGUAUUUGGGAAUAAACAAUGGCAUUAAUGCAAUAAGGGAGAAAACUGAAAAUGGAGCCGCACCACCUUUGAACACCGAUACAACCAGUAGUUCAACCUCCAAUUGGUCAAUGGCAAGUUCAAACGGUAUAUCAGCUCUACCUGGUUUAGAAACAACUUCAAAAACCUCGAGUUUGCCAGGACUGAGCGUUUAA